GCCGGGAAGAGGAUCAGAGAGCGGAGCAGCGGGCAAGGAGAAAAGGAACCAGGGAAGUGGCCGAGACGGUCAUGCAUGACAGACCUCCCAAGAAGAAAAAGUAUACGGUUCGGUUGGAAGAGGGGUUUGACGUGGAGAGAGUAAUUGACAGGCUGCUAGAAGGGCAUAAUGAUCUCAUGACCCUGAAGGAAAUCCUGGCGUCAGCCCCGCGACUCCGCGAUGAAUUGAAAGAGAGGUUGUCGCGGCGCUUAGUGCCCAACGUCCAUCUGGGCACGAUCCUGCCCAAGGAGGCAAAGUGGGCGGAAUCGGGCACGAAGAUGGAUUGGAAGUGCGUGGCCUGCGGCACAGUGUACUUAGUGGUAAAAGGCUCUAAGUGUGCGGCAAUGGUGGACACCGGGGCUGAAAUGAACAUCAUCCGAGAAGCGGACGCUAUCAGAUUCGGGCUCGACAUAGACCGUUCAGAUUGCGGUAUUCUGCAUGGGGCCAGUUGUAAGGCCGUGUUUUGCGGGACAACCUCGAAUGUGCUCAUCGAGGUUGGGAAGGUGAAGGCCAAGGCAUGCUUCUUCAUAAUCCCGGACGUGGAUCAUGGAAUCCUCCUGGGAAGGUCGUUCCUAAGUAGGACAGAGACCGUGAUAUUUAACAAGCAUGACGAGACUUUAAUCCUUCUCCUAAAUGACCCUGCUUGCGGGAAUUACGAAAUAAUUACCUGCAGGAACACAGGGCCGAGGAGUAUAAGGAACCGGCCCAAUCCAGGAUCCUUCACGAUUGAAGAAUCGGAAAGUGAGCGCCGGAGGCUCUGGGCAGAGCCAGAAGGAGAAGAGAAGGUGGAGGCAUUUUCCCUCAGCCUGUCAGACGUCGGGAAGGCCAUGGACUUGGUGGCCGUGCAUGAAAUGGCAUAUCCGGAUGUCAUCCAGGCCUUGAGGGAGCAGUGGAUGAUGGAGUUAGAGCUGGUUAGUUCGCAUAGUCUGGUGGGGGACAUGAGGACGAUCGAGGAAGGACCAGGCCAGGUAGAACAGCAUGAGGACCUGAUGGGAGGAAUGUAUUUCCUCGUCAACACGUUAUUGCAGAAAAGCCUCAACCAGUCAGGCUCGUUGAACCCGGCAGGGAAUGUGGACGAAGUGCCCGAGAGCCAGGACGACGAGUUCGAGGAGGGGGGGAUUGAGGAGGUCUUUCGUGCAGAGGAGUAUGACGGGAUCUACUUAGAGCUGGGGCUUCUUUUGUCUUGCAAGAUGCGGCUAAGGAAUGCGAGCGAUAGGGCUCAGAGGAUGCUGCAGCGCUACUUAGUGCGAGACGGCCACCUUUUUGUAAGGAGAGAAGUGGGGAAUCCCAGGAGAAUCGUCUGCGGUAGGAACCGUCAGAUUGAUGUCAUAGCAGCGCUCCAUGACGGCAUUGCAGGAGGGCAUCGAGAGGUACAAGCCAUGUAUGCCAAAAUAAGUGAGUUGUACUACUGGGAUGGGAUGAUGGACAUGGUCGGGAAGUUUUGCCGAUCUUGCGUACCCUGCCAGGAGAGAUCCCGUUUAAGGCAAGGAGAGCCGCUGCAUCCAAGGCUAGAGCGAGAGAUGGGGGCUGUAGUGCAUCUCGAUCUACUUUUCAUGCCACUUGGGGAUCAGGGCUAUAACUAUAUCUUCGAUGCGCACGAUAACCUGUCUGGCUUCGUAGACGGGCGUGCUAUUCGCACAAAGACCGGGCCAGUCUUGGUGAGCUGCAUCGAGGAGUACUAUCUGCGCUAUCCUUUCGUCAGGGAAUUCGUAAUGGACAGGGGAUCGGAGUUUACCUGCCAGGAGGUACAAGAAUUGUUAUCAAGGUCUGACUUUACGAAGACAGCCAUGCCAAUAGGAGGGAAGGGGACACGGCCGCCUCGGAGGCCGUUGGGCGCAUCAGGAGGAUAUGAGUGGCAUGGGCCUCACCAUCGGGAGAGCACUCCAGAGUACGAUGGUGACGACAUCGAGCUAUUCCUGGACAAAUUCUGGGAGCAUGCGCGGCGUAUGGGCUGGACCGUGACCCAGGGGAUUGAGAGGUUGAGAGGAGUCGGCAAAUUCGAGGAGCCCGUCGCGCGGGUCCGUAAGGAGGCGACGACGAGGUCAAAGGUGGAGUUGAGGGUGCAGGAGCUACGACCCUCGCCUGUAGGACCUGAUGUCGGGCCGAUCCGCCUAGAGAUUGGGAAUGCGUCGAACUUCAUCCCCGCCUUUGAGUGGUUCAUGCAGGGGCAAGUGGAGUUACAUCGGUUUACCGAGGGUGGACUGAGGAGGUCGCCAGCAUGCACACAGGAGGAGCCGCCGGCGUCUGAGGGGCCCUUGAGGGAGUUGGAGGCGCAUUUGGACAUCUCUCGGUGGAGAGCGUCGCCUCGGGGUGAGGAGCAUGGAGAGCAGGCAGAGGCGGUGCCACGAGAGGAGGUGCCACGAGAGGAGGUGCCACAUAAGGAGGGAAAGGUGGACAAGCCAGAGAGCAGCCGGCAGGGAGAGCAGAGGCAACCAGGACAGGGUUUGCCAGGACAGCUAUCUGCAGCAGGGCCUCGCCGAGAGCCACCUAUGGGGAGAGUUAUCCUGGAGUCAGAGGAGGCGAGAGCCCAAAGGGAGGCGGAGAGAGAGGCCUUCGAGUUCAGAGCCCCUACCGAGCUCGCGAUGCUGCCUGUAGCAGCGGCGGACCCAGUCGUACCUUUGGCAGUUAAGGAGGGGCUACCACCAUCUAGCAGUGAGCCGGCUGCAGAGGGAUCCAUGGGCGUGCUCCUUGAGGCAGUGCAUUCUAUGCAGGAGGAGCCGAGUUUGUUUUCACCCGAGCAGAGGAUAGAGGAGCCUCUUGAGAGAGAGAUGGGGAUUGAGGCGGAGGGUGUCAUCGAGGGCGAGCUCCAGAGGUUGGGCAUGCCUGAGUAUGAGCUAGAGGAGAUUGAGGAGCAGCCCAUGGUGAUGCCAGGAGAGAUGCUCGAGAGGAGACCUCAGAGGUUGGACGUGCCUGAGUGCGUCUCAGCGACAGGGGAUUUGAGGAGCAGACUGGGAUCUUGGGCUACUGGAUCUGGGUCUGGGGGACCGGUUUCUGGGAUAGAGCAGCAGGAGGUUGUUAGUACUGCAGCCCCUCGAUCAGAGCAGCAGGGGGUUGUCAGCACUAUGGUAGGAUCUCUUUCACUGCCACCUCCUCAGCCCAAGAAGAAGAAGUUCAGGAGGAAGGUUGAUCAGCUAUGCUUCUACUGCAAGAGGGGCAUGCAUCAGACUCUGGAUUGUCUCGAGUUCCUUGAGGAUAAGGCAGAAGGGAAGGUCUCAGAGGCAGGGGGUAAGAUGUACGAUAGACAAGGUAGGAUGGUAGAGAAGUCUGCAGAUGGAAUUAGGGCUUAGUUAUAUAGGCAAAACUAGGAGGCGAUGAGGAAGUAGGGCUGGUUUGCCUAUGUAAUUUGUUGGAUAUCUUGUGAGGCAUGAGCUUA